AUGCGGGAGAUCGGUCUCGGCCGCUGGCUCCGCGCCGUGCCCCGCGUGACCCGGGGAGUCCGGGAGGGACGCCUGCCGCUGCGAGUCCCCCCUGCCCGGGCCGUGCUGAUGGCGCCCGCCGCGUCCCCCGGCCCGGUCCCGCCUCGCCCGGCAUGGCAGCACGGCGAGCAGCGCCCAUCCCCGCAGCAAACAGUGACGGUGGAAGUGCUUGAUCACUUGGAGCACCUGGCCUUGGUCGAUUUCCGUGAUUCAGAGGGCAUAGAGCGGCUGCAGAAAGCCAUCCAGUUUGCUGAUCAACUUCAUGAAGUAAACACCGAUGGCAUAGAACCAAUGGAUUCAGUCUUGGAGGACAGGUGUCUGUAUCUCAGAGAUGAUGAUGUUACAGAAGGCAACUGCACGAAAGAGCUGAUGAAAAAUGCCAGAGAGAAAGUAGAGGAAUAUUUUGUAGCACCACCAGGCAACAUCCCUUUACCAAAGCUUGAAGAACAAGACACUUUUCUGCAGGGCUCUUAGUGAAAACCCAGGACCCAAACAACCGCUUUGGUAUUUUAUUUGGGAAGCCAAGUUUUGUGCAAUCACAGCUGGAAUACCCUGGCAUGUGUUUUGAUCAAAAGAAGAGCACUUGCAAGACAAUUUACGGAAGAAGGACAAUGUAAGAAGUUUAGUAGUGCUACCGAAAUAUCCUAUCUUUAGGAUGCUAAGGCAGCAUGACAGGUGACCUCAGUGCUUUUAUUUAACAAAGUGAAUUUGAUGUUAUUCUUAAAAAUACUGAAUAGCUUAAAGGCCCUAAAAAGAACUUCAAAAGGUAAUGACAAAAAAUUCCAGAAAAAAAAAUCCCAAACAACGAAGUUUGUCAGGAAAAAAGAGAAUUUAGAAGGCUGGUUUUGCUAGUUUCUCAUCUGUAGCUCCUUUCUGCCUCUGAUCCUGUCAGAAGUACCAAAGUCUAGUAUGGAGAAGGAGUCCGUCACACUGCAGAGUAUCAAUGUGAUGUAUGGACAGAAGUUAUCUUCAUUAUGGAAGAAAAGACACUUUGUGAAGAUGAUUCACUCAAUUAUUUUGCUUCUACUGAAUAUUUCCAUUUUAUCUUUUUUGCUCCAUAUCUGUAUGGCCUACCGUCUAUUUCCCACUUCAUAUUUUUAUUCUCACUAAUAAAAUACUUGGGAGUUGUACAUAAUUGGAGAAAGUACUUUUCAAGCACAGGAGCAGGUGCUCUAAAGUAAAUACGAAUACCCUGAUUCUCUUCCAUGUUGCAGGCAGACAUUGCUAGU